ACUUCUGGUCAUAAUAAACUUCGGAACGCAUGCAGUGGCUCUUUGCUGAUUGCUGAAGCUUAUUACGUUGUGCGAACGCUGAAGCAGAAUACUUUGAUUUUUUUAUGGUUUUAAGGUUGGAUGUAUUUUAGAGAGUUAUUAAAAUGCCGGGUAGAUGCUGUGUACCAUUAUGUAAGGGAAACUACCCAACAGGACCAAAAGUGUCUGUAUUCUCCUUUCCUAAAAAUGAAGAUUUGAAGAGAGAGUGGCUUUCUGCAAUCCAACGGAAAGACUUUUCACCCAAAAAGAGUUCAAAGGUUUGUGAAUUGCAUUUCAAGGAAAGUGAUUUUAAAGUUGAAGCUUCAGCAUUUGAUUCUAAGAAUGGAAUUUUAAUUUCUGCUCCACUUCAGGUAUUCAUAACGAAGAAAGAAGAAAGGAGUGUUUUUAUCAUGAAAUGGCUCUCAGGUGUAAAAAUGCAUAGGAUAUAUCUUAGUUUAUUGAAGUUAAGAAUUGGUGCUUUGUGGACUAAAAAAUAUGUGCAAUAUCCAUUGUCACACCACUCUGUUCAAGAAUAUCGAUCAGUCCUGAAUGAUAAAGAAAAUGAUUAACAAAGGAAUAUCUAGAACUUGAU